AUGGAGAGCGUUUGCUCUGUACCGUUAGAUCAGUGCAGUGAAAAAACUGAAGAUGCUGCGCAGACGACUGCAAACUCUUUAUUGCAGAAAUACGACAGCAGUAUGGACCUGCAGGAGCUACUCAGUAUGAGCACCUGCAGUUGGCUGUUCGGUGGAGGAGAACAUCUGGAUCUGGAUAAACAUCCGGGCAUCAUCAGGCAAAUGAGCGUCAUCCCAGACCCAAACAUAACCAUUCUUGCUCCCAUCCACUCACAUCUGCCCCUACACUACAAGGUCGUUCAUCAGAUUGUGAGAGAGCUGACUGUGGGAAUAUAUGGGUUUAACUAGCUGCCAGUUAUCAGUCUUGAACCCAACUAUGACCAGAGCUCCACGUGCCAGUUACCACCAGCAUAUUAUGAUACAAAAGUUGGCCAGGUUCUUAUAAAGGUUCCCAACAGCGUAGAAGAAGAGACCCUCUUCUCCCGAUACUCUGAAGACAUCCUGAUUAAACUGAGCUCCUACCUGACCUCUGUUCGCCAGCACCAAAAUCUGUUUGUGUUCGACGGGACUCAUAGCCUGUCGAAUGUUGUUCGACUCACAGAGGAAGAGGUCGGUCUUGCCAACUACCAGAGGUUACAGAAAAAACUCUCUGGUCACAUCAGACUGGUGAGAAAUCAGCUCGGAAGAAACGCAGAAGAUCUUGCCUAUCUAAACUUCCUGGUACCCCUGCUGAUUUCCUUGAGAAAAAAGAUGCUCAUUCCUAAUCUUUCUCAAAUGCUUCCACCUUUGUCAGAGGACACACUGAAAACCGAACGAGAGGUACCGCCACAUAUCGUCGGACCAGAAUUUGCAUGCAAGCACUUUCCAUACAAACAGGAUCAGUAUUUUCACCUACAUGGAGGGAUUGAAUUUGAUGUUUCGCCUCCUCCCCUGGAGGACAUUAUCGAGGAAAUGGAGGUGACUUUUAGGACUCUGCAUACAGAAGCUGUGAACUACCUGCAUGAGCUUCUUCACCAGGACCUCACUUACAAAACAGACUUUCUAAUACCACGCAGUGAGAUUGAGGGAAAAAGCUAUAAUGUCAUCUGCUUUGAGUUAGAGUCACUUUAUUACCAGAAUAAGUGGUGGGGAGCCUUGAACUCGAGCAUCAAAACUCUAAAAGCAGAGAGACUUCCCUUGACAGACACUGAGCUACACGAACAGUUAAUGAGAACGUUUGGCCACGCGAAAACUAUCAAGUACAAGAAUAUGAAGUUUGCACUGAAGGCAUCAGCAGCGAGAGGACUGUGUGCAGUGUUUUACUCAUUAAGUCAAAGGGAAUCAUAUCUGAAUGGACACGAUGAGAAGGGUCUCUUUCUGUUGCACCACGCUGCCGCCAAUAACAAGACACACAUCAUCGUCCAGCUCGCUGCAGUAAGUGUAAACAACAAUCAAACACGCAGCAUCAGAUUCAGAGCAGGGAGGCAAUUCAUAGAAGGAGAUGGUCUCACACCAAUGCACCUCGCUGCACAAUGUGGAUCUCUUGAGUCUGUAAACUGCCUUUUUGCAUUGGGAGCGUGCUACAAAGUUGUGAAGCGGAGAGGUUGGAUGCCCAUUCAUUUUGCAGCCUUUUAUGGCCAGGUGGCUUGCAUCCAUGCACUAUGCAGGAAAGACUCUACUUUACUGGAGAUUAAAACUUCUGCUGAGUAUCGCAGUUCACCACUGCUGUUGUCAGCUACCUCGGGUUCAGUGGAUGGUCUGAGCUUCUUGUUGUCCAUCAAAGCAAACUGGAGAGAUGAAGACAGCAGGGGAAAUAAUAUAGUGCAUCUAGCUGUACUUUACUUUCACACAGAUGUUCUCAAACUUCUUAUUCAGCUGAAUCUGGACGGGCUUCAUGUGUGGAAGAUUCUUGUUGAGAUGAUUCAGGGUGAAGAUUUUGUGGUCUAA